AUGCUCUUCAGCCCAGUCAAGGACAAGCAAAGGGGCUUGCUGGGUGUCAAGCCGUACUCGGCGCGCAGCAGCAUGCGCUCCUCGAGCUUCCCGCCGCGCCGGCCAAGCUCCAUAAUACGCUACGUUGGCAUCACAGUGUUCAUCAUCCUCGCAUUUUACUACCUCCACGGAUCAAGUGAACAACUAGCGAGACCCAAGAAAACCUACCCGGCCGAGCGCACCAAGCCUGACCAGGCCACGUACGAACAACAGGGCCAACAGACGAACAGCAAGGGCAGCAGCAGCAAUGAACACCCGAUCGACAAGCUAAUCCGGGACGCCGAUAACAAGUUCCGAUCGAUUCUUUCCAAGGAGUCCCGAACGCUCGAGGAUGCGGCGGCCAGGUACCGUGAGCGGCGCGGGAGGCAUCCCCCACCGGGAUUCGACCGGUGGUGGGAGCUGGCACAGGCGAACAAGGCCGUCGUGGUGGAGGACUUUUGGGACCAGAUAUACACGGACCUGGAGCCCUUCUGGGGCCUGCCGCCGCCGCAGCUGCGCAAGGAGGCCUGGGACUUUGAGAUGACCAUCAACGUGCGCAACGGGACGGCGUCGGCCCAGAGCGACUGGUUCUGGACGCAGAUCUGGUUGGACAUGAUCAGGCAGAUCGAAUCGUACCUGCCGGACAUGGACAUCGCAUUGAACGCAAUGGACGAGCCGCGCAUUGUGGCGCCGUGGGAGGACAUCGACCGAUUCGUGACGGAAGCCAAGAAGACGCGCAAGGUGGUUGAGCCUAAGGAGGUCGUGAGGGAAUUCUCGUCCCUGCCCAAGCCGACAGAGGAUCCGUAUUGGGAGAUUGCUCGUCGCGGCUGCCCCCCGGACUCGCCUGCCCGCACAAGCCCUGUCAUGCGCAACUUCGACCAUGAGCCGGUCAUCGUACCAUCCAACGCCGAGCCGCACAUGUACCAAGGCUUCGUGUCCAACUACACACUCGCGACAUCCAUCUGCCACCAACCCGACCUGCAGGGUCUGCAAGGCAUUUUCGUCGAGCCCCUGUCCAUCUCGACGACACGCCAUCUGUUCCCCUUGUUUGGCGGCAGCAAGCUGUCCAUAAACAACGAGAUUCUGCUGCCGGCGCCCAUGUACUGGUCGGGAGGUGCGCGCUUCACGGCAGACGGCUACGACAGCCAAUCAUGGUCGGAAAAAAAGAAUGGUGUGACGUGGAGGGGCGUGGCGACGGGUGGGAGGACCAGGGUCAACAACUGGAAGGGAUUCCAGCGACACCGCUUCCUCUCCAUGAACAACGGGACGACUCUCAGCUUGGCGGAAAAGGCCCUGUCCUCCGAGGCGGACAAGGGACCGACGCCACCGGGUGAAGCAAUGCCGGUAGCAAAGGGACUCAAUUUUGCACUGCCCGACAAGAAGUACAACCUGGCGGCGCAGCAGGUCGGAAAGCUAAGCCAGUGGGUAGCCGAGUGGUCCAAUAUGGCAUUCACGGACCUCAACUGCCAGCCGCAGGAGCCCGAGGGACAAUGCUCAUACACAGGGCACAUGUAUGAGAUUGGUACCGGGCUCAUGCUCGCCGAGAUGUUUGAAUACAAGUACCUGCCGGACAUCGACGGCAACAGCUUCAGCGGACGGUACCUCGGCUUCCUGAAAAGCACGUCGCUGCCGCUCAAGUCGACGCUCUUCCGGGAGUGGCACGACAGCCGGCUGGUGGCCUGGAAGCACUUUGUGCCCAUGGACGCGCGGUUCGGAGACUGGCACGCCAUCAUUGAGUAUUUUCUCGGCUACUCGGGAACCGACAAGAAGAAAGCCGCCGCCCACGAUGCCGAGGCGGAGAAGAUCGCCAUCGCGGGUCGGGAGUGGGCUGAGUUGGUGCUGAGGUCCGAGGACAUGCUGAUCUAUGUGCUGCGGCUGCUGCUUGAGUAUGCGAGGUUGAGCGACGACAGAAGAGAGGUGAUGGGGUUCGUCGACGAUUUGCUGCCUAAGUAA